CCACUCUCUUCUAUAUCUAACCCUUCCCUUUCUCAACCUCUAACCCUAACUUCUAAUCUUCCCCAACUCUCGAAUCAUUAUUUUUCAAUCUCUCUUAAACGCACAAACAGUUUCUACACAAACCCACAAGCCAAAAAUGAGGGAGUGCAUUUCAAUCCACAUUGGUCAAGCUGGCAUUCAGGUUGGAAACUCCUGUUGGGAGCUCUAUUGCCUGGAACAUGGAAUUCAGCCUGAUGGGCAAAUGCCCGGAGACAAGACUGUUGGUGGAGGAGACGAUGCUUUCAACACCUUUUUCAGUGAAACCAGGGCCGGAAAACAUGUCCCUCGAGCGGUUUUCCUUGAUCUCGAGCCCACUGUCAUCGACGAGGUUCGGACUGGUACUUACCGUCAGUUGUUUCACCCCGAACAACUCAUUAGCGGCAAGGAAGAUGCGGCCAACAAUUUUGCUCGAGGGCAUUAUACGAUUGGCAAAGAGAUUGUGGAUUUGUGCCUUGACCGCAUAAGGAAGCUUGCAGACAACUGCACAGGCCUGCAGGGUUUCUUGGUUUUCCAUGCUGUAGGUGGUGGAACUGGCUCUGGGCUUGGCUCUCUGCUGCUUGAAAGGCUUUCAGUUGACUAUGGCAAAAAAUCAAAGCUAGGCUUCACUGUUUAUCCCUCUCCUCAGGUCUCAACCUCUGUUGUUGAACCUUACAACAGUGUUUUGUCCACUCAUUCUCUUCUUGAGCACACUGACGUUGCAAUACUUCUUGACAACGAGGCCAUCUACGACAUUUGCAGGAGAUCACUAGACAUUGAAAGGCCUAGUUAUACCAAUCUCAACAGACUCGUGUCUCAGGUUAUUUCCUCUUUAACAGCCUCUCUUCGCUUUGAUGGUGCUCUCAAUGUGGACGUUACUGAAUUUCAGACCAACCUGGUGCCUUACCCACGUAUCCAUUUCAUGCUCUCUUCCUAUGCACCUGUGAUAUCUGCAGAAAAAGCAUAUCAUGAGCAACUUUCAGUUGCAGAAAUAACCAACAGUGCUUUUGAGCCAUCCUCAAUGAUGGCAAAAUGUGACCCUAGACAUGGGAAAUACAUGGCCUGCUGUCUGAUGUACCGUGGUGAUGUGGUGCCAAAGGAUGUGAAUGCAGCAGUGGCCACAAUCAAAACAAAGAGGACUAUUCAGUUUGUGGAUUGGUGCCCAACUGGAUUCAAGUGUGGAAUCAACUAUCAACCGCCAACAGUCGUUCCUGGUGGGGACUUGGCCAAGGUCCAGAGGGCUGUUUGCAUGAUUUCCAACUCCACAAGUGUUGCUGAAGUGUUCUCAAGGAUUGAUCACAAGUUUGAUCUCAUGUAUGCAAAACGUGCAUUUGUGCACUGGUAUGUUGGUGAGGGAAUGGAAGAAGGGGAGUUCUCAGAAGCUCGUGAGGAUCUGGCGGCUUUGGAGAAGGAUUAUGAAGAAGUUGGGGCAGAAGGAGUUGAAGAGGAAGAUGAUGAUGAGUACUAGGUAGAAAUCCAAGCCCUUAGCCUUUAACAACUAAACACCAAUGGGCUCAUUGGUAUGCAAUGGGCAAUCUGAUUUUGUUUUUGUAGCUUGUUGAAUGGAAAACUUAGUUUUGCUUUGACUUAAUGUAUGGCUUACUAAUCCUAAUAGUAACUUUUCUCCUUCAGAUGUAGCCUUAAUCCUAAUGUAGACUCUUGUUAUCCCUAUUCUUCAAAAAUCUUUUCUCCUUCUGAUGCAAAUCUGAUUUGGUCAGUUAAGUGAAGGAAAUGCUGUAGCAGUUUGAUUUUGAUGUCAACUUGCUGGCCAUAUGGCUAUUGCAUAACAUAUGAUUUAAUUUCAUG